AACGCAGCUGGAUUCCACAUCAGUCGAACACUCUCCGUUGUGCGUACACAUUGGUAAUUUAAAGUGAAUCAAUUGAAAACAGAUAUUUUGCUUAAAAGCUACAUUUCGUCCGACAAACAAUAAACGUAAACAAAAUGAAAUUCUACGUGUGUGUUAUUGCUGUUUUUGCUGUUGUCUUCGCCAGCUUGUGCGCGAUGAGCGAGGCGUUGGUGGCACGCGCCCAAUACAAGAACUCAGCUUACCCCGGCAAAUGCUACAUCAGCAGCGAUCUAAUACUCUCGCCCGGUCAAAGCGGCAAGGCACCGAACAAUCCCUGCGCCAACAUCAAGUGCUUGGACAAUGGCACCGUGGAAUUCACAACCUGUCCUGCUGUGGCGCCACCUAAAGGCUGCAAGCAACGUGACUUCGUCAACGCCAAUCGGCCCUAUCCGGCAUGCUGUGAACGCGCCUACGAAUGUACGCGCAGCUUUUAAGUGCGAAGAAUGCCGGUGAAUAACAAUAAGCUUAACAACAACAACAACAACAAAUCACAGGAAUAAUACUAAAAGCAAAAAACAAAAAUUCUUGCGAAUAGCAGAUCAUCCACAUAUCUACACACACACACACAUGGCAUUAUUACACACCACAAUCAUCAGCAACGGAAUACCUGCAUCGUCAUAUUUUUUACUUCGUAUUUUAUCAUACUUCUUCAUCGGCAAUUACAUAGUGUCAUCAUAGUCAUUUAGCCAUUUGCUUCCUCAUUGCCGUUGAGGUGUGCGUCGAGUCGCAAACACGCCUUGCCUUGUGCGGCGUCAGCUCAACACACGCCACAUGCACACACACACGCACAAAUCCAUUUAGUCAGUCACACGCUCAUCUUUUAAAGUACAACAUGCAAUACCGGCCGCCAGUUUCAGCUGUUCUGCUUGUGCUCACGCCCAGCCCAGUUCAGCUUAGCGCAACCGGCUAGAGAACCAGCAUAUCCCUGCCAUUCUUUCUGGUGACUUCCGUGGCGGCGUAUAGCUACGCAGUCGCCAGUCAUUUUAGUAUAAUAAUUUAAGAUUUUAAUUUUAAUUUUUUUUUUUUCGUUUUCUUUUUACACAUCUUUUUUAUUUAUUAUUGUCACA